UGAGAACCAACCGAGACAUACAGUUUCCAUCAUUUUGUGUCGUGUCCGAAUAUUUACUCUGCUUUACAGUUCUUUUUCCGAAUUGAAAAUUUUCUCGCCUGCCUUAGGUUUUGCUCAUACAGUAAGGUUUGGAUAAAGUUUGGUGGGGAGGGAGAUUCAUAUGACGGGGAAGCGGAUCAAGACUAGUUGCGUAUCUGCUUCUCACAAGCUGUUUAAGGACAAGGCGAAGAAUCGGGUCGAUGAUUUGCAGGGGAUGCUAACGGAUCUUCAGUUUGCUCGGAAAGAGAGCCGUACAACUGACGUAACUCUGCUCGAGGAGCAAGUUCAUCAGAUGCUUCGUGAAUGGAAAGCCGAGCUCAACGAGCCAUUCCCGGCUUCUUCCUUUCAUCAACAGGGCGGUGCUUUCGGGUCGUUCUCCUCAGAUAUUUGUCAGUUGCUGCAGCUCUGUGAUGAGGAAGACGAUGCAACAAGCAAGUUAGCAGCUCCAAAACCCGAGCCCUCUGAUCGUGUUCUUGAAGUUGGAAAUAACUAUAUCUUCCAAGGGGGAUAUGAUUUGGUUCAAGAGAAGCCGGAAAACGGGUUUCCGUUGCCUGAUCAUUGCAAAGACUUCGACGGGUCAGCUCAUUUGGAAUAUCAUCAUCAGUAUGAUCUGCAAUUAGAGCUUGAACCAGACUUCAACAAUGGUGGUUUCAUGGAUGGUACAGGUUAUGGUGGAGAGGAGAGCUUACAUAUCUCUACUCUCAUGCCGCCGACUAUAAGUAUAUGCCCUCCCCCCUCCGCGUUCUUGGGCCCGAAAUGCUCGCUCUGGGAUUGCCCUAGGCCGGCGACUCUAGGGUUUGACUGGUUCCAUGACUACUGCAGCAGCUUUCAUGCUGCGCUUGCCUUCAAUGAAGGCCCACCCGGUAUGAACCCUAUCGUCCGUCCUGGAGGCAUUGGCCUUAAAGACGGUCUGCUUUUCGCCGCCCUUAGUGCGAAAGCCGACGGGAAAGAUGUCGGUAUUCCCGAGUGCGAAGGAGCUGCUACUGCUAAAUCUCCAUGGAAUGCUCCUGAAAUCUUCGAUCUUUCGGUAUUGGAGGGUGAGAUCAUAAGGGAGUGGCUGUUUUUCGACAAGCCGAGAAGGGCUUUCGAGAGCGGGAACCGGAAGCAAAGAUCCUUACCGGAUUACUGCGGGCGUGGCUGGCACGAGUCCCGGAAACAGAUCAUGAACGAGUUCGGAGGCCUGAAAAGAUCUUACUACAUGGAUCCACAGCCUCUGCGCCAUUUCGAAUGGCAUCUCUACGAGUACGAGAUCAACAAAUGCGAAGCUUGUGCCCUCUACCGGCUGGAACUCAAGCUCGCAGCCGUCGGAAAGAAGAACUCGAAGGGGAAGAACUCGAAUGACUCGGUGGCUGAUCUCCAGACACAGAUGGGAAGGCUCACUGCCGAUAACAACAAGCGCUGCAUCAUCAAAGUUCGACCCAAAGUCACCGGAAAAAUGCCCGGCCCGAAACCCUAUCCUGUUCAGAACAUGACAGACCCUACCAACGACGAUGACAAGUUACAGUACGGAGUAGCCGAAGAGUAUAGUUACCUUGUUGGAAGCUAAGCUUAGGCGAUUAUUACAUCAACUGACCUGAAGAAAACAUCAGGUUGAAGCUGUUGCUUACCGUUAAUCGUGCAGCAGCUGAAACUACUACUACUACCACCACCACUGCAACUGCAUUCGCAGGGGUAUUUUCGUACUUUCAACUUCCCCCGAGCUCCCGAGGGAACUAUGUACAUAACAGGACGGAAGACUAUCCCGGAGAUUCCGAGCUUGUUGUACUAACACAAAGCAAGAGAACGAAGGUAAAAAAGAGACAACCUUUUUCUGUCUUUUUCGGCUGUUGCAUAUGAACCGAGAGAUUACGGUUGAUGAUCAUUGCCCUCGAACUCGUAUAUAUCGAGAUCUUGAAACACGCUCUGUAAAAAAUCUUCUCUUAUUCUCAACGAUAUAAUGGAGAUUUUUCUCAUA